AUAGGCCCUCAGGCCUUGAAGUAUAGCGUGACCGAAUCAAAGUUCUGGACAGCUCUAUUUUGGGGUAUCUUGAACUUCUUAUCGCAACUCUUUCAGACGUUCCUUGCACCUCUUUCUGGUAUAAUUGGGUCAACUGGGCCUGACCGACCUUCGUCGCACAGAGGGGGCGGUUGGGGCGGCAAUGGCGGCAACGGAAAGGGCGGACCAGGCAUGCGCAAUGCGAAUAUACACGGCGUUCAAGGCAAAACGCACAAGGCACCGCCAGCCGGCGGAUGAGGUUAAUGCCGGCUCAUACGUAUUUUCACAGUAGGGUGCCGCACCUGUAUUUCCUCGAACCGUUUGCGAACUAAUAUGAAAGCACGCUCGGUCAGUCCACUGCUAGUGCUGUAGUGGUCAGACGAGGUGUGAUCGGGACGAAGAAGGAUAAGUGUAGGCGCUCCUAAUGAGCAGGCUUAAAACUCUUAACAUAUAGUAUAAUUGCGGUGUAUAGAAUAGUUCAUACGCAUAUACGGAAGUACGGUAUUAGACUACCGGUUUACGAUACUUCUUCGGAGCUAAAGGCUUUUUGAUAGUCCUUCGCCACUCAUUGCUCUUGUACGAGCCUGUGUGGUGAUUGCGCUGACACUUGUGCUUUGCUGCUGCUGAGGAUUUCACUAUGAAGGUUCGGUGGAUAAAGGCUACACUCUUGCCGUGUGGUUCUACCUUACCCUGACACAAAACCGGAUGCUCGAUGCUCGUGCGUUCUUUUCUCAAAUCAAUAAAUUUCGAUUUAACAAUCACCCUC